AUGCAUCAGUCAGGCCACGACGACUCCAGCAGCGAUGCGCCGCUGGCCGGCAGCGACUCUGAAGUCGACCUCCCCCUCCUAUCAGACGGCCACUACCGCCCCGCCGUGGCUGUGGCUUCCGCGUCCGCGCUGCAGUGGAUCCCCUACGCCGAGGCGGUCUGCGCGGUCCUGGGACUCGUGGGCGCGUCCCACGAGGACCUCCGCUGCCGCGCGCAGCAGCUAUCGCGCUGGCUGAGCGGCGCGGCGGGGAAGCCCUUCGCCGCGGGCGGCGCGCGGUUCCCAGAGGGCGGCCUGUACGUUUGCGCCGACCUCCCGCCGCUCGGGCCGGCGCUCCAGGCCGCGCAACGGGCGAUCAUGCAGGUGGUGGUGAGGGACGCGAGCCACGGCGCGUGCUACUAGUAUUACGACACCGUCGGCGAGCUGAUGUGGCUGCUGGCCAGCGACGAAGGGCCAGGACCCGCGGUGUUCAACCCCGAGAAAAUCGAGUCAUUGUUCGCGCCCGAAUGGGUGGAGACUGGCCGCUGUUGUGACAGCUGAGACCGUUGAUUUCGUUGUCGUAGCUUAGGCUCGUAGUGUGGUGCUAAUGUUCUUGUUAUCGUCUCUGUUGUCUCCAUUGUGGUGAUGCUUGGAUUAUUUUCGGGAAAUAUUAGGCUUCGAUCCAGUUGAACUUCCUAGUUCAAAUAUAGAGGGUGUGACUACGUACUGCCGAUUGGAUGAACAAUCUACUGGUCCAACUCUCAUUGAU